AUGGAUCCGUUUUGUGGUGCUGGUGGAAACGUCAUCCAAUUGGCCAAGAAAUACACACAAGUAAUCGCUGUGGAUAUCGAUGCUAAAAAACUUGAAUUCGCCAAAAAAAAUGCAGAGAUUUAUGGAGUCAGUGACAAAAUUAUAUUUAUACAGGGAAAUUUCUUCGAGAUUGCAGAAACGUUAAAAAAAUAUAAGCCACAGGUCAUAGUGUCGUCUCCCCCAUGGGGCGGCCCUUCGUAUAAGAAACACGAAGUUUACAGUCUCCAGAAACAUAUGUGUAAUGAAUACGAAGGAGGCGGUAAAAAACUCUACGACCAGCUGAGAAGUAUUGCUCCCAACGUAGCACUGCACAUACCUAAAACUACAGAUCGAAAAGAGGUAAAUGAAUCAAAUUUCUAUAGAUAA